AGACGGACACAUUCUGGCAUAGACCCUUGUGAUUGGUCCUUCUAUAUUCUGUGCUCCAUCGUCAUAAAAGGGGAAGAAUCUAUUGUUUAUUUCUCAGUAGGCCGUUAAUAUGGGGUGAACCUCAAAGGUUUUAUCAUGACAUUGUUGUAAUAAGAGCUUACCAUAACCAGAUUAAUACACUUCGCGUCAAUUUAUUUUCCAGCUAUUAGUAAAUUGCCUCCACUCCUGCAGAAAAUUAAAUUUACUUUGGUUUUGUGUGUAUUUAAUGCUCUUACUUCACUUUGUAUAAUUGUUCAACCAAAUUUAAAUUUAACGUUUCUUAUAAACAUUUUUACUUUUGAAAUGAAGAGUGAUGGAUCUAAAAUGCUGGUCUUGAAAUGUUUGUUUACACCACUAUUGAUAACUCAAAGAUAUAGGUUUGUACAUGUCAAGAUUUGUUGAUAGAUUAUGUUUAGCUGCUAAACUCAAUUUCUGAUGUUUUUUUCUUCUUUGGAGUGGAUCCAAAAGUGCACAAAGUGGUGCUGAUUUUGUACAUUGAAACAUUAUUGCCAAGGAAGAUUCUGACACAGGCCCAAUGUCCCAGGUGCUGGAUAUCCAGGAGAUGCAGUUCUGGCUGGAUAAAGUGGUGUCUUGGGGACAGGCUGACAGUCCAGACACUCAGAGAGACAGCCGCCUGCACCUCGGCAGACUUAAAGAGUUUCUCCAGCAAGUCCUCACCCACAUCAGCAACACAAGCUCCACAACAGAAAUCAUGGAGAGGAUGCCCUUUCUAGGACAGUUCCUAGGCCGCCUCUGCUGGAACUCCUAUAUCACUGCAGACGAUACCAGCAGAAGCCUCCUGUUCCAGUGUCUGUGGGGACUUUACUCAGAGCAUCCAAGCACAGCAGUAGAAAGAAAAGCCAACCAGUGGAUACAGAAAGUGUUGUGUCAACUUACCACAGAAGAAGACAGCGUCGCGAUGCCACACUUAAUGAACGGUCUGCACGUACCACCGACAGAGUAUCAUCUCAAGGUCCUGAGAAAGAUAGUGACAAUGCUGCAGGGAAGCAUUGGGAGAAGUUGCAGUUCUCUGGGCAACACAAACGAGAGGUGCUCGUGUGACAGCGUCCUGGCCACAUCAGAGGCCUGUGUUCCUCUGGUCAAGUCUUCUGAGGCGGCUCCUCUCGUCAGUGCGCUGCUGCAGCGGCCGGUGACUUGUGUCAAGGCAGCGCUCAGUGAACACUUCCUAGACGCUUGUAGCUCCGCCUAUUCAAGCCAGCGCUUGUCUUUGGAAGAACCAGCAGCAGUGUCUCUGUGGUAUCACAGCCUGUCCAGCCUGGAGGAGGCCGUGCUCAGUCUCCUGGAGUCGGUUCUUACCAACACAGGGUCAACGCCUCAGAAGCUGGAGCAGCUCAUAGCUCAGUCAAUGCUACCUAAAGCGUGUGCUCAGCACUGCUCCAUCUUCUUGGUUACAAAUGACAUCUUCAGGUCUAUCCUUAAACAAGCUGAAGGACAUGAGCCUGUUAAGUGUCUUAUCCAAACCUUUACCAGCUGUUUUCUCAAGGAAAUGACAGUGUUACAGUCCCAGAAGUGUGUGUCUGUGAAGGCUUUCUUCCCUCAGUCUCCACAGAGGCUGCUGGUUCCCCUGCUGACCCAGCCGUCAGAGAUGCCACGGGAGGCUUGGAGGCAUCACCUGAACUGGCUCAGCAGCUCAUUACAGAGACUGACAGAAGAGGAAGAGGAGGACGCUGGAGAGCGCAGCAGCACCACCAGAGGGUACCACACGGUGUUUGAGGCCUGGUUCCUUUUGGUUCAAUGUGCCCGGUGGGUGCAGGCGGCUCUCCAGCUGCUGGUCAGCUCCGGGCCCGUGGACGCCGGCCCACUCCUGUGGCUGCUGACCUUCUACUACCACCCCACCAACAGAGGGCACGGCAGAGCUCUACAGCUGGUUCGAGCCAGAGAAGCUUGGAGCCACCUACUGUCCCUUUCCACGGCCGAAGCUGGUCCACUUCCUGCUGGCCACCUGCAGUCACUGGUCACCCUGGUGUCAACGCAACCUCAGCAACCAUCACAGCCUCCGUUAUUGAUCCUCAGCCUCUUAAUCGGCUUCACCGUUUUCUUCCCACAGUCACUGAGUAAAUCAACAGAGAUUCUACAGAUGGUGGUGGGCCGGUCUGGUCUGGUUGAUGAAGCAGCAUGUGUUCUCUGCUCGCUGGAGCUCAGGCUGAAUGAAGGAAGCUGUUCAUCAAGCAACGCUGACGGAGUUCAUCUCAGGCUCAAAGCACUUCAAAACACUCUAACACAUAUGCAUGCAGCAUGAAGCCCUGCUGUGAACCAAGCACCCACACUCACACGCGUCAUAACAGGUGAGAGCACAUACACAGAUAUAUACACACACAUCACCACACAGCAUCCUGAGCCCAGGGGCUUUAAGGCAGGUUUGCAGAAUGACAAACAGUCACGCUUCUUGUGCAGAGACGCUGUGAACAAUGACAGGAGUGUGUCAAAACAGCACAGCGAGGACAGAUUAUGUGGAGAGGCUACGAUUACACACACACAUAAUGCAACUACAAGGCCCACAAGGACACUUGAGUGGUGACAGAUCACACUGUAAAGAAGCAGCCGCGCGUACAACGUGUCAGGGCCCUCCCACGCGUCAGGGCCGCCCCAGUAGAAAUCCUUCACAUUACAAAUACUACAAUGCAGCUCUGUUUAAAGUAGAAGCAAAACUACAGGCCUGGCAUCACUGCAUAGUUAGACUGUGUUAAUACAUAUGUUGUAACAAUGCUGAUUAAUUUGAAAUGUGAAUAAAGAAGCCUCAUGUACAUAGUGUAUGUAAAUCUUAACCUUUCAUUAUAUAUAAAGGUGAAAAAUGACCUUUUACUUAUUUCCAAUCCAUUAUGUGUCAUUCCACUGUUAUCAUUGAAAAUGGUUCACCGUCAUAACUAAAGAUUUUUAUUUUCCCUAUUAAGGAUUAAGUAAGAAAUUAGUGGAAAUCGUCCAUCUCAUUCAAAUAAAAGCAUACUGUUCGUCUGGCCAGCAAAACAAAGGCCACAUAUUUUUAAACAUUUAAAACAGAUGCUUCUAUUAGAAAACCUUGUAAAUCGUUUUAGAAUAAUCUAAUCAAGUUUGCUCAUUAUUUAUCCUCAUUAUCUUUAGAACUUGAUACAUGAUAUACUUAAUAGAUCCAUGUAUUGAUUUAGCUCCAGAAACUUGGCAAAUAAAAUAUUAUGCACCAUAGCAGAUAUUGGAUCAUGUUACAGUCUGUUUUUCCAGACUGCUGUCAUGUUUCUGCAGGGAAAGGUUCAGUGCUAAAGUAUGAGUAUAAUAGAGAUGACUGAUGCUCAGGCUUUGUCAUUCCAGUGAUGAUACAAGCUAAUGAGAAAAAGCAUGUGUACUUUAAAAAAUAUUUAUUUUAAAAAAUUCAUAUGGAAAAAAAGAUACAGAGAAAAUAAAAUCACUGUGCUGUAAGUUAUAAAACCCUGACCUGAGUGACAACAGUUGUGUGAAAUUGAUGGACACUACAGUAUAAGGUUUGUUUUACGGUCUGAAUCUAAAAACUCCCACGUGUUCAGAACAAACCGAUGUGAAAUGACACCUGCAUUCACGCACACGGAAACUAACUUACUGUAACAGAGCAGCUCAGGUUUGAUGCACGACUACAAAUUGCUGGUAUUGUCUGUGCUUUCCACACGCCAGCUAUCUUUUAAACUUGAAUGAACAGAGCUGCUGUGCUGGAAACCUCGCCAGUUGGCCUUGGCGGCGGAGGAAAACCUCAGCCUUCUGGUGUUCAAACUGCUGAGUGAUUCUGCAGCGUCCCCUCUCCCACAGAGGAAGAGGAGGUGAGUGGCUGACUCUCGCACGCCUCUGAGCCAAAUUCCUAUCAUCUCCGUCUGUAGUCGGCAACCUGGAAGAGGAAGAUAUGAACAGAUUGGAGCAUUAGAGGACAUUUGGUAGAGGUCUGUUAUCUGCCUGAUGUGUAGACGAUCACUGCUGCUGCAUACACCCAAUCUAGUCAGAUAAUCUACCUGUGAAAAAGUGUCUGACGUUUCAAAGUUGCCAAUGCAGACUUUUUAUUUACAGUUUUUAUAUUAUUAAAAAGAAACAUUGCUUCUGGUUGAAACGGCUUAAUAACAUUUAUUGACCAUAUGCUAUAAAACGGCUAUAUCUACUAAUACUAAUAAUACUAUUUACUAAUUGUGUAAUGUUAUUAAAAAUAUUAAUCAUAUUUAACAAAUUAAUUGUUCAGUUUGUGCAUUGCAACAAUUUCCAGUGCCCUAAAAAAGGAAUGAGCAACAUGAGAUGCCAAGAAAACCCAAAACAGCAGUCUGUGACAUCAUCAACAAACUCCACAGAGCUCGGGUGAAUGUGCGGCGAAACCAUCCACCACUCGUCCAACUCUUCAUUAGCAGAGCUAGCUAGCUUCUAGCUGGCCAAGCUGUGGAGGAGGAAAGGAUCUGCCCAUGAGCCAAAACACAAACUCAGUGAAGGUGAACAGACUCACCAUUCCAAGCAACCAACCCACAAUGCUGCUGCAGAAUGCAAAGCGAACAUUAAAGAGUUUUCAUCCAAAUGAUCGAGCAUUUCACCAGGUGAGAAGUUCUGAGCGUUUGACUUAAGUCCAUGAUUUGAUCUUAAACACGAUGUCUGCAUGGGUCCAGUGUUAGUGUUUCCUUUUCGGAGGUGAGUGGACCCGACUCCUGUUCCUGCUGAACUGAGCCAGUGGUUCUAUAGGACUGAUUAUCAGCUCAGUAGGCACAGGAAGCUGAGCCCAAAUCUCUGCUUUCUGUCUCCAGCUCUGCCCGGAUACGAGCGCAUGUUCGUUCCCCGUUCUUACUGUGUCUGUAAUGGAGAAAAAGACCAGGGCAGAAUUCCACUUCGCCAAAGCCACAAAAAAAAAGAA